CACCUCUCCCUGUCCCGUGGGCAGGAGUUGGGGUGCAGGACCACGCACUGCAACCUGGAGGUGGUGCAGAGGAGCACCCUGGUCUUCCUGGCCACCAAACCCCACGUGCUGCCGGGGGUCCUGGAGGAGAUCCGGCCUGCCGUGGGCACCCACCACAUCGUGGUCUCCCUGGUGGCCGGAGUCACCAUCCAGACACUGCAGAGGGUGAGGAAGGUCCCGGCCGGCAACAUCCUGGCCAGCGCUCCCUCGGAUAAAAACCUGGAAGCUUGGAGGGGCGCUGCCAAGAUGCUGCUGGAGACCGGGGAACACCCGGCAAAGCUGCGGGCGGACGUCUGCACCCCCGGGGGCACCACCAUCCACGCCCUGCACCAGCUGGAGAAGGGAGCGCUCCGGGCCACCGUCAUGAGCGCCGUGGAGGCGGCCACCAACCGCGCCUGGGACAUGGCCAAGGACUAGUUGGCCCGGCUCUUGUCCCAGGAAAGGGUGAUGGGGACCAAAACCGGCCUCUUCCAGGAGAUCCCGAUGCCCUCGGGAGAAGCUGGAAGGGGGGGUGGGAAGGUGGCGUCGGGCACGUGUUGCCUCAGCGGGGCCGCGAGCAAAUAAACGUGGGCACACAUGGCUCCUCCGGGUGCCUUCGG